AUGGAGGAAAUCGACCUGGUGCCCCUCCCCAAGAGGACUCUGGACUUGCAGCUGCAUGCGCCGGUUGCACAGAUUGGCUUCUUUGGUAUCUAUCGCUAUGCCACGAGAUGGGAUUGUAUCAUCAUCGCCCUCAGUGCACUUUGUGCGAUCGCUGGAGGGGCUGCUUUGCCUGUCUUUACUGUCCUCUUCGGUCGACUCACUUCCACCUUUCAAAACAUCGUCACUGACCAAAUCACCUACGACAACUUCCACCACCAACUCAACGAAAACGUCGUCUACUUCGUCUACCUAGGCGUCGGCGAGUUCGUCACCCUCUACCUCGCAACCGUCGGCUUCAUCUACACCGGCGACCAUGUCGUCCAGAAGAUCCGCGUCGAGUACCUCCGCGCCAUCUUGCGCCAGAACAUCGCCUUCUUCGACACCCUCGGCGCAGGCGAGAUCACCACCCGGAUCACGGCGGACACAAAUCUGAUCCAGGAUGGGAUUUCCGAGAAGGUCGGACUCGCACUGACGGGGUUGUCGACUUUCGUGACGGCCUUUUUGAUCGCGUAUAUCAAGUACUGGAAGUUGGCGCUGAUUUGCAGUUCGACGCUCAUUGCGCUGGUGCUGAUCAUGGGUGGUGGGUCGACGUUUACGUUGCUGUUUAGCAAGAAUGCGCUGGAGAGUUAUGGGCGGGGUGGUAGUCUGGCUGAGGAUAUCCUGGGCUCAAUUCGGACGGUGGUCGCUUUUGGAGCGCAGGAUCGGCUAGCCAGGAAGUAUGAGGGGCAUUUGAAAGAAGCCGAGAGACAUGGCAUGAAGGUGCAGAUUACCUUUGCGUUUAUGGUUGGGGCGCUUUUCUGUGUGAUGUAUCUCAACUAUGGACUGGGAUUCUGGAUGGGAUCUCGUUUCCUGGUUGACCGACGCGAGCAUAUUAAUGUCGGCGACAUUCUCACCAUUCUCAUGGCUAUCAUUCUGGGUUCGUACAACCUGGGCAAUGUCGCCCCGAACGGACAGGCGUUUUCAAACGCCAUCGCCGCUGCGUCCAAGAUCUUCAGUACCAUUGACCGGGCGUCUCCUCUGGAUGCCUCGUCUGAGGUUGGACAGAAACUGGACUUUGUGAGGGGUAACAUCACCCUGCAAAAUAUUCGCCAUGUCUACCCCUCCCGACCUGAGGUCAUGGUCAUGAAGGACAUGAGCAUUUACAUCCCAGCUGGUAAAUCCACAGCCUUUGUUGGACCGUCAGGGUCCGGAAAAAGUACCGUCAUCGGUUUGAUUGAGCGAUUUUAUAACCCAAUCGGAGGAACGGUGUCCCUGGAUGGACACGAUAUCAAAACACUCAAUCUCCAAUGGCUUCGUCAGCAGAUUUCGCUGGUGUCGCAAGAACCCAGACUGUUCGCCACGACUAUCAUGGAGAAUAUCAAAUUUGGCCUGAUUGGCUCUGAAUUCGAGAAUGAGCCCGAAGAUAAACUGCGACUGCGUAUCGAGGAUGCAGCUCGCAUGGCCAACGCGCAUGAUUUCAUCAUGGCACUCCCCAACGGCUAUGAGACAAAUGUGGGCGGGUUUUCGCUGUCUGGUGGUCAGAAGCAGCGGAUUGCUAUUGCGCGGGCUAUUGUUAAAGAUCCGAAGAUUCUGCUCUUGGACGAGGCUACUUCGGCAUUGGAUACCAAGUCGGAAGGUCUUGUUCAGGCGGCGUUGGACAAGGCGGCCGAGGGUCGGACGACCAUUAUCAUCGCCCAUCGGUUGUCCACUAUUAAGAACGCACAUAACAUCGUCCUUCUAGUGAAUGGACAUAUCGCCGAACAGGGCACCCACAACGAGCUCAUGGAGCUCGGAGGAACCUACCUAGAACUAGUGGAAGCGCAGCGCAUCAACGAAGAGAAAGGCGCGCUGACCGUCCCCGAAUUAGAAAAAGAAAAUCUAUCAGCAUCAUACGGCGAGAAAGAGAAAGAUCCAAACCGAACAGUCUGGUUUGAUGACGACUUUACCGAAUUCCACUUUGACGGUUUCCCCGACUCGUCCGACAUCUGGCUGGACCCGAAAGGAGGACAAGAGAUCGAGAAGCGAAACUCGUCACUCAUUUCACAGCAGCCGCUCUUCGUGGAAGAUCAAGUGAAGCCUACGCCUCACUAUCCAUUAUGGACGCUGAUCAAGUUCAUUGCGACGUUUAACCGGCCGGAACGGUUUCACAUGACCCUGGGGUUGAUCGUGUCUAUCCUUGCUGGGGGGAUUCAGCCAUCGCAGGCGGUGCUGUUCGCAAAGGUAGUCAGCACGUUGACCCUUCCUGCGUUUGAGUACCAUAAGCUGCGCCAUGAUGCCAAUUUCUGGUGUCUUAUGUUUCUGGCGGUGGGGUUGGCGACGUUCCUUCUGUAUGGCAUACAGGGGACGUCUUUUGCGUAUAGUUCGGAGAAGUUGAUAUACCGUGCCAGAAGCAAGGCAUUCGAAACGAUGCUGAAUCAAGAUAUCUCCUUUUUCGACCGCGAAGAGAACAACACGGGCGCUUUGACGUCGUCUCUAUCUGCGGAAAUCAAACACCUCUCCGGAAUCAGCGGUGUCACUCUCGGCACGCUGCUGAUCGUCUCAGUCAACCUGGUCGCCUCGUUGACCGUGGCGUUGAUCAUGGGCUGGAAACUUGCCCUGGUUUGCAUCUCGGCCGUGCCGGUUCUGCUUCUCUGUGGAUUCCUGCGUAUCUGGAUGCUGGAUCGAUUCCAGUCCAGAGCUAAAAAGGCAUACCAGAAAUCUGCCAGUUCGGCCUGUGAGGCUGCCUCGGCGAUUCAUACCGUGGCCUCUCUCACGAUGGAAAGCCAGGUGUUGCAUUCUUAUAAACUGCAGCUGAAGCAGCAGCUGCGAGACGAUGUCAUUCCCAUCGUCAAAUCCUCCCUCCUCUACGCUGCCUCCCAGGCCCUUCCAUUCUUCUGUAUGGCUCUUGGCUUCUGGUACGGAGGCAGCCUGCUCGGACGACACGAGUACUCCCUCUUCACCUUCUACGUGUGCUUCAGCGAAGUCAUCUUCGGUGCUCAGGCCGCCGGAACCGUCUUCUCACACGCCCCAGACAUGGGCAAAGCCAAACACGCCGCGGCGGAAUUCAAACGCCUCUUCGACAGCAAACCCGCCCUCAUCACAAACCCCGGCCAACCAGUCACUUCCAUGAAAGGCGAUAUCGAGUUCCGCAACGUCUACUUCCGCUAUCCCACCCGUCCGGAACAGCCUAUCCUGCGCCAUCUCAACCUCACCGUGAAGCCCGGCCAGUACGUGGCGUUGGUGGGAGCGAGUGGAAGCGGAAAGAGCACGGCCAUUGCCCUGCUGGAGCGGUUCUAUGAUACAGCCGCUGGUGAGAUUUACGUUGAUGGUGUGGAUAUCAGCAAGACGGAGCUGAGCUCGUAUCGCAACUUUCUGGCGCUGGUGGGACAGGAACCCGCGCUGUUUCAGGGGACGAUUCGCGAGAAUAUUCUUCUGGGGAGUAAUGCGUCGCACGUCCCUGAGGCGACUCUAGUCAGGGCAUGCAAAGACGCCAAUAUCUACGACUUUAUCAUUUCGCUCCCACAAAGCUUCGACACCGUAGUCGGCAGCAAAGGCGGGAUGUUAUCGGGCGGCCAGAAACAGCGCAUCGCCAUCGCGCGGGCCCUCCUCCGCGAUCCCAAGAUCCUCCUCCUCGACGAAGCCACCUCCGCACUGGACUCGGAGUCCGAGAAAGUGGUGCAGGCGGCGCUAGACUCGGCCGCACGUGGCCGCACCACGAUAGCCGUUGCCCACCGGCUGAGCACGAUCCAGCGGGCCGAUGUGAUUUACGUGCUUGACCAGGGCGUGAUUGUGGAGUAUGGGACGCAUGGGGAACUGCUGAGAUUGAGGGGGAGGUAUUAUGAAUUGGUCAAUCUGCAGAAUUUGGGUUGAUGUACACUACUAUACUACUGUUUU